CGACAAACAAAGGAUAUAUAAUUUGGCACAUUUUUUUAUUAUUAAAAAAGGACAACAAUGGACAACAAUCUUUCCAAAAAAAUUUUUUUUAUUCUUUAUAAAAGUUAUCGAAUUCCUCUCCCAUUUUAUCUUAUUUUUUGACACCAAGAUUUUUUUAAUAUUGAUACUGUCCGCAAAAAUUGUCCGCAAAAAAGGAAUUGUCCGCAAAAAUUAUCUGCAAGAAAAUAAAUUUGUCCGCAAAUAUUGUCCGCAAGAAAAAUAAUUGUCCGCAAUUCCUGUCCGCUAGAAAGGAAAUGUCCGCAAGAAGAAAAACUUUGUCCGCAAAUAUUAUCCGCAAGAAAAAAAUCUUGUCCGCAAAAAUUUUUCAAUUGACUGAUAACAAAAUUAAUUGGUCUCUCAAUAUUAUAUUCUACAUCCAUUCCUUUCUUUCCUUCUCUCUCUCUAUCUCUUUUUCUUUUAAAACUAUUAAAGCUUUACAUACAUUUUAAUCCUUCGAAAAGCCCUUCGAUUUUUAUAUAUUAAGUGCGCGUUUACCUUUCUUGCCUUUUUCUUUUAUUCAAUUUCCUUCUCCUUUUUACUUCUCCUUUUUACUUUAAUUUCCUUCUCCUUUUUACUUUUUACUUUAUUGUGGAUUUUUUUUCACCUCUCAUUUUUUAAUGGCUUCCCCCCUUUGCUAACAAGUCAACUACUAGCUACUUGCGCGCUUAUUAUUUUUCCUCCUUGUUUUAUUUUUUCUUUUGUUUUUCUAAAAAAUAUAUUUUUUUCUAGUCAAUAUUAUAUAAGUGAAUAUUUGAAAAAAAUUUUUUUGAAAAAAAUUUUUUUGAAAAAUUGGC